AUGACUACAGCCGAGAUGGACUCCAGCGCAAUGAAAGAGCAGACGAACACGCACGAAGAACAUGUGUACAAGAACAAACCUCAGUCUCUCGACGCAGUAUCCCACAACAUCCACUAUCCAAAAGCGUGGAUGAAUUGGCGGUUCGUCAUGUACUUGACUAUUGUUGGCCUUUCGCUUGGUCUUUUCGGAUAUGACAAUACCUUCACGGGCCCGCUGCUAGCUCUGCCCAUAUUUAUUGUCAAGUAUCAAGGCAAUGGCCCUGCUUUCACGGCAACUAACCUCAAUCUCCUUGUACCAGUACCGCUGGUCGGGGCUGCCCUGGGCACCUUCUGUGCGACACCUUUCACGAAGCGCUUUGGGCGCAAAAAGACGUUUCUGGCGGCUUACUCCUUGCUCUGUACACCUGGGUCAUUUCUACAACUCUUUGCGCCCAACUUGACCGCACUAAUCAUUGGUCGAUUCUGGAAUACUGUGGGUGUCAGUGUUCUCACUACGGUUGCGCCACUGUAUCUAUCCGAGCUCGCGCCUGCUCAUGUACGAGGUAGAGCUAUCGGAUUCUGCAUUGCAGGAUCAUCGGCAGCGGCAAUCGUCGCAACCACAGUUGUGUGGGCAUCGUCGAAGGACCAGUCUGAGUGGCAGUACAAGACCCCACUAGCCAUUCAAGCCGCGCUUCCAGUCGUCCUUGGGCUUCUCACGCUACUGGUUCCAGAGUCCCCAAUCUGGGCAAUGCAAAGGGACCAGUCAGAGUUUGCAAGAGAGGUCUUUAUGACAUUGCGGAACAACAAAGUCGACAUCGUCGCUGCUGAAAUGUCCCAAUAUCAGGUCUCACUAAUGGCCGAAGCACAACGUCGCGAGAAGUCUCGCUUCUGGGACAUCCUGAACCGGACCAAUUUGAAACGCACACUCUCUGCGGGUGCUUGUCUCAGCGCUAGUCAAGUGGGAGGCCAGAUCCUCGUCCUAACCUAUUCAACAGUAAUUCUGGUCCAGAGUGGUGUUGGAAACCCGUUCGAAGUGACCAUGGUGAUAUCCUGCCUGAUAUUCCUGGGCACGCUUGUCGGACCAGUCCUGGUUGACUGGGUCGGUCGCCGACCUGUCGCUCUCUUUGGUUUCUCAAUCCUAUUCAUCCUUAAUCUAGCCGCAGGGAGCCUUGCUGCUGCUGGCCUUGCCACUGAAAGUCAGAGACUGGGGCUGGCCACAGUCUUUAUCCUUUUCGGAUUUUUCAACUCCGUCUCGUUCCAAUCAGUCUCAGUCUUACUCGCAGCCGAAAUCCCCACGACAGCUCUUCGAGAAGCGACAAUGUCAUGGACGAUUUUCUGGUCCUACGUAACUGCCAUCGUCACCACUUUUGCCGUGCCCCAGAUUACUUCGCCAGAUGCAGGCAACUUGGGGGCAAAAACAGCCUUUAUCUUCGCAGGUUGUGUUUUGGUGACCACGAUUUGGGCGUACUUUUACAUUCCGGAGGCCAAAGGUCGAACGCCGGCAGAGAUCGAUGAGAUGUAUGCGAUCGAAUUGCCAAUGAGGAAGUGGAGGGGCCACCAAUGUGUUGCCGUGAAUAGGACGGCUGAAAUGGUCAACCGAGACGUUCGUGUGAGCGAUGCUGGCAAUAAGCAUUCGGCGUAG